AUGGAGGUGCUACUUUGCAUGCCAUGUGGAUUCAUUCCAUCAGUUGCUAAUGCAAAACGUAUAUUUCUUAUUUCAGUUGCAAACUCUUCAUGGUCAUCGUCAAAUUUUUUCCACUACAGAGAAUCUGCUGGAUGUCUAAGCUUUCCAUCUCUAAUUCGGCCUUCAGCAUGCCAAGUCAUCUGCUUUGCAUUUUCUGCACUGCAAAAAAGACAUCUUAACCUCGGUAUUAGUGGAAAAUACCACAUGACAUUCGCAAGUGUUGUGUCUUUCUUUAGAGAGUCAGUUGGCUUCACCUGUGGGAGCAAAAACAUGCUUUGUCUGAGGGAAGAUGAUUCAGACAUGGAAACUGCAGCCAUAAGAGUUGAGCAAGAAGAUGGAAUAGUGAAUGAGGGAAGAUGCUCAGACAUGGAAGUUGCAGCCAGAAGAUUUGACUUUGUUUCCCACACUUCUGAUUGUCGCGAGUUGCUCCACCUUCCUCUUUCUUUAUCCUAUUGCUAUGUUUUACCAAUUUCACUUUUGACAAUGAAAGGAUCAGCUUCAAAAGGUGCAGUUAAUGAUGGGUUAAAGGAAAGUAUAGAUUGGGAGCUAAGACCUGGUGGCAUGCUUGUUCAGAAGAGACAACCCAUUGAGUCAUCUUCUACUGCUAUGAUCAAAAUUAAGGUCUCACAUGGUUCUUAUCACCAUGAGAUCACUGUUCCUGCUCAAUCCACUUUUGGCCAUCUAAAAGUGGUGCUAACAUCUGAGACUGGUCUUGAGCCUAAGGAACAAAGGUUACUAUUUAGAGGGAAAGAGAAGGAGGAUGAAGAAUGCUUGCAUAUGGAAGGAUUGAAAGACAUGUCUAAGGUUAUAUUGUUAGAGGAUCCAGCAAGCAAAGAGAGGAAGCUUGAGGAGAUGCAGAAGAGUGAAGAUAUUUUGAAGGCAUGUGAAGCAGUCUCCAGUGUUAGAACAGAAGUUGACAAGCUAUAUGAAAAGGUGGUUGCUUUGGAGACAACUGUUUGUGGUGGUACUAGGAUUGAAGACAAAGAAUUUGUUAUCAUGACAGAACUGCUAAUGGUUCAACUGCUUAAACUGGAUUCCAUUACUGCUGAUGGAGAAGCCAAAGUACAGAGACGUGUUGAGGUUCGUCGUGUACAAAGUUAUGUAGACACAAUUGACAACUUGAAGGCAAGAAAUUCCACUACUUUUAGCAAUGCUGCUAGUGCUAACAAUCCAGUCUCUGUGAUAACUAAAUGGGAGGCCUUUGAAUCAGGAGUUGGAAGCUUCAAGUCACAAACUCCAUUUCCAUCAUCAACUGUGAUUACUCAAAACUGGGAACACUUUGAAUGAGUACAAGUUCUGUUGUUUAUUUCAAGAAGAGGCUUACGGUUCUAUAAACACUUGGUCUUUAAUUUCUAAUGCCAAGUAGUUUUCAGUAGGGAAGGGUCAUGCUUGUACAAAUUAAUACAUGUUCGUGUUACUUCUCUAUGCCAAAAUA